CCGCAGCACAAUUCGAUCUCCAACACUUUUCCCUUCCUAACAUUCCUCCCCAAAGUUUCACCACGCUCGACCAGGAAGCUAGUAUAACUGCAGUACGCAGAAACAUGGCACGCUCUAGCAUCGCUCUAACUCUCUGUUUCCUCGCCAUAUUUUUCCUCUUCAACGCGCCUCGUUCUGCGGACGCGAGGCGCAUUCGUCUAGCGGAGACACAGGAGACUCUAGAGGAGAUCGCUAUUCGCCUGAGAGCCGCGGCUGAUCAGGCUGCUGCUGAGCUGGACGCAGCCGAGACAAUCGCCGCCACUCGCGCCGCUGAAGAAGCAACUGCCUCCGCCAACGUGGCGGCGGCGGAGGCUGCGGCGGUGAAGGCGGCGGCGGACUGGCAGGCGACGAACGCGGCGGCAAGCGCGGCGAAGGCCACCGCGAAGCAGGCGCGGAAAAACGCGACGGACGCGAAGCAGGAAACCGCAGGGCUGAAGAAGAAGGCGGAAGCCGCUGAUAAGUACCAGAAGGCACAGGAGAAGGCGCAAAAGGCGCUGGAGAAGUCCGCCCAGGCGAAGGCGAAGAAAGACAAGGCCGUGGCGGCGGCAGGCGCGCAGCAGAAGACCGCCGACGACGCGACCAAGGCCGCUACGGACGCCGCCAAGGGUAAGGGUAAGGGCAGCGGCGCGGCGAAGGCGGCAGAGGCGAAGGCGAAGGCGGAGCAGAAGAAGGCGGCGGAGUUGGCGAAGGGCGCGCAGAGCGCAUCCGCGGAAGAAUCCGCCGCCAACGCGGAGGCGACCAAGGCCGCGGCGGAGGCUGCGCGGACGCUCAAAGUGACCCUCACUCCGGAGGAUCAGGCGCUGCUGGACAAAGCGGCUGCGGCGGAGGCGGCGGCGGCGAAGGCAGAGGCGGACGCCAAGGCGGCGGAAGACGCGGCGAAGGCGGCGGAGAAGGUGGCAAAAACCGCGGCGGUGAGGCUGACGAAGCUGAGGGCGGCGCUGAAGGCCGCGACGGCGCGCAGGGCGGAGGCGGACAGGAUCGUCGCGGUUAAGGCCGCGGCUGCGGAGGCCGCGGAGGCUGCGGCGGAGGAGGCGGAGGCGGCGGCAAGCGGCGCCCCUGGGUCCGAAGGCGCGCCUGGGUCCGAAAGCGCGCCUGGCUCGGAUGCCGCCCCUGGCUCCGAGACUGCUCCGUGAGCGCCGCUGGCAUGAAGUUUUUAUCUGAUAUGAGUCCUCGUUGUAACUUGUCUAAGCAAAAGUUCCGUUAGAGCAGUUAAUUCUUUUGGUGGCAUGUUCAUAGCUCACAAGGGACUUCAUCUGGUUUUCAUUCCUUUAUUCGUUUCAUUCUGUACAUUCUUUUGAUA